UCUCUCUCUAGCUUCAGCAAAAUCCAAGUCGCGUAGCUUGUAAUCCCCGUGUUUUUGGGCCUCCAAUCUUCUUUCUCGCUUCCGGCGUAGCUUGGCCGGAGAAUGGCAUAUAUGUGCGCAGACAGUGGGAACCUAAUGGCAAUCGCUCAACAAGUCAUAAAGCAAAAGCAACAGCAGGAGCAGCAACAGCAACAUCACCACCACCAGCAACAGCAACUCCCUGGACUCACCUCGUUUUCUCUGAAUCCCUGGACCAAUACCCAGCAAACUGUGUCUCCUUCUCCUAAUCUGGCUUACGGGCUCCUGGGUUCGAGUUUUCCAGACCCAUUUCCAGGAGAUACUGGAGAGGGGUUUCCGUUUCCUGGCAUGGAGCAUCCGUCCGGUGGGUUUCGGUUUCCGAACCUAGGGGGUGGAGCUGGUGGUGAGUUUGACACGGAUGAGUGGAUGGAUAGUUUAAUGAACGGUGGGGAUUCAACGGAUAGUUCUAAUCUUGCUUCCGGUUGCGACGCCUGGCAGAACAAUGCCAAUUUCGGUCUCUACGGUGCCGAUCCGUUCACUACGUGUCCGGCUAGAAUCAGCGUGGCGUGCUCUCAACCGUCGGAUCUCAACCGAGUCAUCUUCUCACCAGACACUCAGAAGACUGCUAACACUCUCCAACCCCAAACCCAGGUUCCAGCUUGGGCCCCAUCACCACCACCGCUGCCGGCGCCGCAGGUGUCGGUUAAAGAGAGUAAACCAAACAAUAUUUCAGCUCAGAACUUACCCAAAAGCGACGUCGAUGUGCUGACGUCCUCUAGUUCACCGGAAACCGAGUCAGCACCGCCGGUAUUCAGAGCGCUACUUGACUGUGCGCGGCUUGUGGAAUCGGAACGAGAACGGGCGGUGAAGUCGCUGAUUCGAAUCCGGGAAUCGGUAUCGGAAUGCGGAGAUCCAACUGAGAGAGUGGCUUUCUACUUCACUGAAGCACUCUGCGGCAGAGUCUCUUUCCAAGCAGAGAAAAGACUAACCAUACUCGAGACAACGGCGGAGGAUUUCACUCUCAGUUACAAAGCACUUAACGAUGCCUGUCCAUACUCAAAGUUUGCUCAUUUAACAGCGAAUCAAGCCAUACUCGAAUCUACAGAACGAGCUAGCAAGAUUCACAUAGUGGAUUUCGGGAUUGUUCAGGGGGUUCAGUGGGCUGCCCUUUUGCAAGCUCUGACGACUAGGUCCACUGGAAAACCAUCUCAAAUCCGGAUCUCAGGCAUACCAGCCCCAGCUCUGGGCAAAUCUCCCGCAGCAUCUCUGUAUGCUACAGGCAACCGUCUCCGUGACUUCGCGAAGCUUCUAGAUUUGAAUUUCGAGUUCGAGCCAAUCCUCACCCCAAUUCAGGAGCUUAAUGGGUCGAGCUUCCGAGUCGAGAAGGACGAGGUACUGGCUGUUAACUUCAUGCUUCAAUUGUACAAUUUGCUUGACGAGAAUUCAGCGGCGGUGGAGACUGCUCUCAGGCUGGCAAAGUCUCUGAACCCAACAAUCGUGACGUUGGGUGAGCACGAAGCGGGUCUGAACCGGGUUGGAUUCUUCAACCGAUUCAAGAACGCCUUGCGGUACUAUUCUGCCAUCUUUGAAUCACUAGAACCGAACUUGACUCGUGACUCACCGGAGAGACUCCAAGUGGAAAGACUAUUGCUUGGCCGCAGAAUCGCCGGUGUAAUUGGACCAGAGGAACCGGAAACCAGAAGGGAACGCAUGGAGGAUAGAGAACAAUGGAAGCUCUUAAUGGAAAAUUCUGGUUUCGAAUCAGUACCCCUCAGCCAUUACGCAAUCAGUCAAGCCAAGAUCCUUCUAUGGAACUACAAUUACAGGUCUUUGUAUUCACUGAUUGAAUCUCAACCUGGGUUUCUGUCUCUAGCAUGGAAUGAGGUGCCUCUUCUCACCGUUUCUUCUUGGCGUUGAUGGUUUCAGCUUCAAUUUGGUCAAAGUUUCCACCUGGUAAUUUUUCUCUAGGGUGGAACAAUUUCAUGUCCAAUCCGCCAUUGAUGAUCUGCAUUGUAGUCCUUGGUAAGGUUGUGGGGUUACUAGGGGGUUUCUAGGGGAUGUUAAUUUUCUACAUUUUGAUCUUAGAAUUUCCUUCACAGCUCUAGUUUUUUUGUUUUUCCUGCUUUUUGUUGGGAUUUUGAACAGAUUUGGAACUUCUUUAAGUAUUACAAAUUGUAUCAAAGGGGAAUCGAAAUCUAGGAGAACGGUUCCCUCUGCUUCUUCCCCUCAAGUUUGUACUGUAUAUAAACCUUAAAAAAUUGUCAUGGUUUCAAACUUUCAAUUUCGAUGUAGCGAAAACUAUACAUAAAAAUGCAGCAUGGAA